UGCUUCGGCUCGGUCGGCCCCGUCUGUUCGGUGCUGUUCGGGCCCGGCGCAGAGAGCCAGCGGGCCCGCAGUGAGGUGAGACGCCACGCGGAGCGAGCCGUGUGACAGCUGUGUCGCCUUUAACGCCUUGUGUCGCCGCCGUGCCGCACCGCGAGGGCCGCGAGCAAGAGACCAGACCGACUCGAGCGCGCGCGACGGCCCCGCGGAUGUUGUUGUCCCAGUGAUCCCUCCAGCCCCAAGUGUGUGCGUGUGUGCGUUUCGUCUUUUGGUCGCGCGCAGCCGCAAGGGCGAGCCCACCAACCGCCACCAUGUCUUCGCUGCCGUUCAGUCUGCAAAUGAUAAAGUACCUGCUCUUCCUCUUCAACAUCCUCUUCGUGGUGACCGGGCUCGUGCUGCUCUCGAUCGGGGCCGCCAUCAAAGCCGCCUACUAUGGCUACCACGUAUUCCUGGACGACGCCUACUUCUCGGCGCCCAACCUUCUCAUCGCCGUCGGCCUCAUCAUCCUGCUGGUGUCCUUCCUGGGCUGCUGCGGCGCCGUCAAGGAGAACCACUGCAUGAUCGUGUCGUACAUCGCUCUCCUCAUCCUCAUCUUCAUCCUGGAGCUGUCUGGCGGUAUCGCCGGCUAUGUCUGCAGGGACAAGGUCGAGGAGGUACUGAAGGAGAAGCUCACGGAAUCGAUGAUUAACUACGGCGACCCCAAAGACCCCGUCACCAAACUGUGGAAUACCAUCCAGUCCAAGUUCGAGUGCUGCGGCGCCGAGAGCUACAAGGACUGGCUUAAGCCGCCCGUCGCCAAAACAACGAACGCAACGAACGUGCCGGUGUCCUGCUGUCCGCUGCCGUCUGGCUACGGCCCCUUUUACUGCAACGCCACCAGCGAUCCAUCUAUGUACCUGCACGGCUGCACCGAGAAGUUCGGCGAGUUCGUGAGGGACAAGGCGGUGGUCAUUGGCAGCACGGGCAUCACAAUCGCGCUCAUCCAGUUGGUUGGCAUCUUGAUGGCUUGUCGACUCGCUUCCUCGAUGCGCCGGGCAGUGAACGAGCUCACCCCCAUGUAGAAGAAGGCAAAAGUGUGAGGAGAGGUUCUCUCGUCUCUAGUUGUUGGAGAGUGAGGGCCGCUUCGACAUCUCCGAUCAUGGUGAUGGAAGUUUGUCGUGUUCCUACUGUGUAACGCGGGUGAAGUGGGUGGACUGUUCCCCGUUUCUGCUGUUGAGGUGCAGAGGAUAGACUGGUAAAUAGUGUUUUGUAACUGUGAUUUGUAACUUAGGGGCAUUGCAAUAGUAGCGAGUGCCAUAGUCUUCUUAAAAUAAAACUCCUUGUAAAUUUCUAACUCUGCAUUCCAGUUCAAUAUUUUGAAAAUGUGUGUUUUAUUAAGGUUUUAUAUCAGUACGUGGGGUGAUUCUUGCCCUGUAAACCUGUUUUUGCGGGUCAAUUUUAAGGUUUUAUGGUUUGAAAUCCGUUUACAAAUUGAUCAAAGUCAUACCUUUUAACGCUUCCCGUGGCGUUUCUUGUUCAAAUCAGUCAUAUAUAUUUAAAAAAGAAUAUAGUUUUCAUCUUCAGUGUGUAUGCCGAAAGAAUGAAUGUUGUGUGUGAUUUAAGAGUCCAAUCGGCAAUAAAGAAAUACAGAAAGAAAGAAA